AUGGCACGCUCUGAAAAAGAAGAUAGGUCUUUUGAUGCAACAGAUUUCAUACCAUUGCACGAAGGACCUAAUGUCCUCCCCAACGAGCAUCUCUUCCAUGCGAUUCAUCACUGGGCAUACUCUACCGACAGUUUGGCCGUGAGGGAUGAAGACAGAGGAUUCAGGGUUACCUACAAGCAACUUCUCAGCGACGUACUCUGCUGUGUAAGUGGACUCUGCUCACAGCUUCACCCAACCACCAUCGGGCUUCUGAGGUCAGAUCACGAGGUUUGCAUUUGUGUCUGGUCCGAAGGAUACGAAUUUGUGGUCGCCUUUCUAUCAGUCCUUGCAUUGGGUGCCGUUGCAGUUCCUCUAAAUGCCCAAGUGACGAUCCCGGAGGCAACUUAUAUCGCAAAGAUUUCCCGAGCACGUGGUAUUCUUGUCAAUAACCAAUACCUCGAUUCUGCAACCAAGCUUUCAAAGAGCGUAGAUCUUGAGUCGAUCUUCAGGGUAGUCUCAUCCACUCAAUACUGUCUAUCUCCUAUAAUUGCGCCAAGCUCCAUCGUUUUCUCCGCGAGUCGCCUACCGGACCAGAGCAAAUCAGCAAUUGUUAUCUUCACGUCUGGCUCCACUGGGAACCCAAAAGCGGCUGCGAUGCGUCGGUACAAUGUGUACGGGUAUUCAAUGCAUCUAAUGAGGAAGCAUGGGUAUUCAGAGAAGACGAUAAAUCUGCAAUUGCUGCCUCUGCAUCAUGGAUCCGGCCUUUUUGUCUAUACACUGCCCGUUCUUCUUGCUGGUGGAUGCGUGGAAUUUAUGGCAGGACCGUUCGACCCGGCAAGAGUGUUCAAAAGGUUGAUCAGUGGAGAUUAUCACCACAUAGGCCUGGUUCCGACUAUGUAUGUACGUCUGGUUGAGCACUGGAACACCCGAAUCGAGCAGCUACCCCAGAAAGAAAAGGAAAAUUAUAGCCUAGCCCUUUCGAAAAUUCGAGACUAUCAUUCCUCAACAUCGGCUCUCCCUCGUGUUGUCGCUGAAACCUGGCGUCGAAUCACAAAUGGCCGGCAGAUUCUUGAAAGGUACGGAGGUACUGAAUUCAGCAGUACAUUUGGUUGUUGGCCUGGAGACGAGGCCACUUUAGGCUCUGUGGGUACUAAAACACCAGGAGUUGACGUUAAACUUUCCGACGGAGACGAGGGCGAAAUCCUGGUCCGGGGUCCAUACAUGUUUGCAAAGUACCUGAAUGAUCCUGAAGCCACCAAAAAAGUCUUCAACGAGGAAGGAUACUUCAAGACUGGAGACAUCGCACGAAGGGUCAAGGACAAAUACUUUAUCCUUGGUCGGUCGUCCAUUGAUAUUAUAAAAUCCGGAGGCUACAAGAUAUCUGCUAUUGAUAUCGAAAAUGCAAUCACGAAGCUCCCAAAGGUUGCAGAGGCCAUGGUCGUUGGUGUUGAGGAUGUCGAGUACGGCCAACGUAUUGCCGCCGCGAUAGUGUUAAAGAACAAGUCUGAUACCUACACAAUUGGCGAAUUCCGCCGUGAUCUCAAGCAAAGCCUGUCAAAUUACAAGCUGCCAACCAUUCUGAGGGUGGUGUCUAGCUUGGAGAGGACUGCCAUGAUGAAGGCUCCAAAAGCCGCUUUGAAGGUAAAGCUGUUCGACACCGACCAUCCCGACAUUCAGAGAUGGGGGGCAUCCUGCGCUGUGAAAUUAUAG